AUGGGACGCACUCAAAGUCAAUGGGAGAACGUUGUAGGUGCAGACUCAGCUAGUUUGAAAAUUGUAAAGACAUACACUUAUAUCGAGUCUCUGACAGACAGCGUUCAGAUUGUCGUUACCAAAUAG